AUGAAUUGUUAUCAUAUAGAUGAAAAUGUCAUAUAUUUUGCCCUGAUAUCUCAUAAUCAUGAAUUCACGGAAUACAUUUUAGAUCGCAAAGAAGUUGAUAUUAAUAAAAUUGAUCAUUCUCCUAUUGUCGAAUCGUUAAAUCUAAAAGCUCUCUUUCUCAUGUAUGAGAAAAGCAAAAAUUCGAUAAUACCAUGGUGUGCUGCAUUUCAACAAACAAAUGAUUUAAUAAAAAAAGGAGAUCUUGAUUUUUCUAAAAUCGAUUUAAACAAAAGAACAUUAUUGCAUAAUGCAAUUAUUUAUUAUAAUAUUGAUAUAUGCAAAUUCAUUUUAAAUAAUUUGAAAACCAAUCAUAUAAAUAUUGAUGGAAAAGAUUCUGAUGGGAAAACAGCACUUCACUAUUCAGUUCUAAACAACUGUAAUACAAUUACUGAAAAUCUUCUUUUACGUGGUGCUAAAAUUAACGCAAAAACUAAGAAUGGAAUGACAGCUCUUCAUUUUGCAGCCUUAAGGAAUAAUGUAGAAACAUUUGAAAUCCUUAUUUCUCAUGGAGCAGACAUCAAUUCAAUAGAUGAUACAGGAAAUUCUCCACUUCAUCUUGCAAUGGAUUCAAAAUGUAAAGAAAUAGCUGAUAUCCUUAUUAAGCAUGGGGCUAAUAUCAAUAUUAAAAACCAAUUAAAAGCAACACCUCUUCACAUUGCAACAUAUAUGAACUUUAAAGAUACAUUGGAAGUGCUCCUUUCACUUGGAGCAGAUGUUAAUGCUAAAGACAUAAAUCAAUUUACUGCUCUUCACUUAGCAGCUGAUCAAAAUUUCAUCAAAGUUGCAAAAAUUUUGCUCUCGAAAGGAGCUGAAGUUAAUUCGAAAGAUCACAAGGGAAGAACUCCCCUUCAUUUAGCAGUUCUGAAAAACAACGAUCAAAUGGCAAAAAUUAUUAUUUUACAUGGAGCUGACAUCAACCAAACUGAUAAUAAUGGAAAAACUCCUCUUCAUUAUGCAGUAGAACAAAAGUACCUAAAAACAGCAAAAAUUUUAAUUUCUCAUGGUGCAAAUGUCAAUAUUAAGGACAAAAGCGGACGAACAUCUCUUGAAAUUGCGAAAGAAAAUGAAACUGAUGGGAAGAUGAUUGAAUUUUUCCAAAUAAAUCAAAAACUAUUUUUCUAA